CCCUCCCUGCCCCCCUCAAAAACAAAAACACAAGCGGAGAGAGGCAGCCUCCCUCGCGCAGCCGCCCCGCUCAGGCCCCCACGCGCCUCAGCACCCCCGCCCCGCGCCCGCCGCCCGCACCGAUGGCGCCCCACACGCCCGCCCGCGACGGGGGCCCGCGCCGCUGCUCCGGGCGCUGGCGGCCGGCGCCCUCGGCGCCGCCAUCUCGGGGCCAUCCUCUUGCGGGGCCCUGCCGCCUUCUGCGCGCCAGCGCCCCGCUCAUCUGCGGCCGCCGCGCCCCCCGGCCGGGCACCGCGGGCGGCGCUGCGCGCCGCGGGGGAGGGGGCCGCCGCGGAGGCCAAGGAGAGGCUGCUCGACUUCCUCGGGGACGAGAUGGUGGCGGAGGAGGUGCUGCUGCCCGAGGGGCGCCCGACGAGGGGCCGCGUCGACGAGAUGAUCCUGGCCCUGGAGAAGCACAUGACGGACGACGAGCCCGUCUACUCGAACCUGCUCGACGGCACCUGGAAGGUGCAGUACUCGGGGUCCUGGGCGCCCGGCCUGCUCGCCUCGCCCACGCGCGAGCUCGCGCUCUUCCUCUACGGCGGCUUCUCCCUCGGAGGUGCUCUGUCGUCCUUUGUCAGCGGCGCCUUCGGCAAGAACCUGGGCCUGAAGCUGGGGGCGAAGACCGUCAAGAUCCAGGGCGGCCGUGACGUGUUGGCCACCGUCUCCGUGAUUCGUGGCGAGACCACCGACGAGCUGUCCUACACGGCCGAGCUGAUGCCCCUCAGCGGGCGGCGGAUGAGCGAGGAGGUCAUGUCCGUCGACCUCCCGGCGCCCCUCGGAACACAGGAGCCUCCGAUGGAGCUGAGGCGGAGCAUCCUGAUCACGUACCUCGACGGGGACGUGAUGGUCGCGCGGGACGAGACCGGCGUGCCCGACGUGCUGGUGCGCGUGUCCGCCCCGCCGGGGGCGGCCCCGCAGCCCGCGGGGUCCGCGGCCUCGGAGGGCGACGGCGGCGUGGACCCGCUGAUCAGCGAGGCCGCCUGAGAGGCGCGCGCGUAGGGUGACCGCGGGUGCCCUGGCCUGCGGGACGUCGGGCGGCCACCCCUGCGUGCAGCCGCCGAGAAGGGCGGCCGCACGGGCGCAGCCCGCCGGGUUGCCGCGGCCUCCGUGGGGGCGCGGGCGGCGCUGGGCCCCCUGGGCGCCCGAGGGCCGACCCUGCCGCCCAGAGGGCUCGCGCGGGGGCCCGCUGCCGGAGCGAGCCCGGCUGCCUCCGACGAUCCUGUCGAUCGUCGCUCGUCUUCCCGCCCCCUGUGCGGGGCUUGGCGACCCCCCCUCGGCGUUGCCCGGCGGCAGAACUUCGAGCCCCGCGUAUGGGGCCCCUUUUCCCACCCUGCCCGUCUGAGCGCCCAGGCAGCUCAGCGUUGCAGUCGCGUGCGCAAGAAACUGGCCUCCUGCUGCUGCUGCUCCUUCUCUUCC